UCGAUGACGUGCGCUCUUUACAUAAACAAUUACCUACAUCCUAUUAGAAAUCCUGUGUUGUUAUUUUGGUAAAAUGAAAUCAUCUGCGCAGUCAAAACAACAUCAACAGUUUGAAAACUAUGACGUACCAAUUGCUUAACUAUAUUUUGAUCUUGAACAACAAACUAGUUUACAUGUAGAUCGUCCGCUGAGCACUAUCGAAGGAUGAGAAGCAGUGAUUCCGAUAGUCAACAAACGGAACGAUAUCUUGUCUCGUAUCUGUUAUGUCGAGCUCGCGCCAAAGCAGUUCCUUGUAGUAUAGGACGACACAUUCUACAAUCGAAACAUUUCGACGAUAUAUACUGUGAGGUUGAGAGCCCCGAGAGAAGUUCCCUUUAUUUAUUCGACGUUAAGAAACAUCGGUACAAAAGCAAAAGGAUAUCGUUUAGCAAAGAUGUGAAGUUAUCGUAUAAAUGUACUUUCGAUAUACGAAGAUACUUUGAAGCUUAUCUACAGAUCAAGCAACAACUUGAUAAGCCAAUUCAGGAGCUAGCAGUUUGGUGUAGCAGAGAUUUCAAAAGAAAUGAAUUUGCAUCUGAAAGUGUACAGGUGGUCUUUAUUGAAGAAAGAAACGUGAACGAUUUGAUAGAAACAUUCGAAAUUGGUAUUCGAAAGGCCCGGAUCAAGCCAAACGCGUUGAUUGAGAAGGAGCUAGCAGAAUUUAACCAUCCUUUGUAUAAGUUAGCAUUCACGAUAGCAACUUUGAUGUUUCAAAAAUCUGUUAUCAGCUUGGAGAACCUAUCGAAAAGUUUCUACGUAUUAUUAUUGAAAGAUGUGUUUGAAGAUGAGAACCAUUUCAAGGAAGAAUUUACACAACCUAGCAAAAAUAUCUGCGGAGAAGCAAAGCAGUUCCACGAUAUGUUGGAGCUAGUACUGAGUGAGCAGUUUCGUCAAAGAAACAUAUUGGAUUUUCAUCAGUUGUUGCAAAUAGAACAGAAACCGUUUGCAGAGCUGGUGGAAGUGAAAAUUAUUUAUGACAAAUCGUACCAAAAAUAUUUCAGCGAUGCCACAUGGCAUGUGGAUUACAACGUUAGUCUAGCAGACGUACAGCAGUUUCUAUCGAUUUUGGUGUUCUAUUCAAACGCCCCGACAAAGAAUCAGUUCGGAAACAUGUUACAACGGUACUGUGAUACAGAAAUGCAAAGUCUGAUAGAGAAAAUCUAUGAAAAAGGAGUUCUUGUGCAGAGCAGCUAUUUAGAUAAGUUAAUCAAGGUGUUGAAUACAGAAAAAUCCGAUCGUCAAAUAUCAUUUACGGCGGAUUCUUUGAAGGAAUUAGAUAAGGCAGUUCUUAUGCGUGCUGGAGCAAACUCAUCUAAUAAAUUGAUCACUGAAGCUGGUGACACUGCUAACAUUUCAGAUGCACGGAUAAUCAGCAUCUUGGAGAAAUCUACAAAACAUUUCAGUAUCUUCGACGAACUUACGGACGAUACCAAAGAAAAGCUUUUGUCCACAGUAGUGCUGCUUCAAGGUCGUUACAUGCAAUUAAGUGCACUGCUGAGCGAACAAGCUAUGGCUACGAUUCCAAUGGCAGCUGUAAGUGAUUGGUCCCAAGGCUGCUAUCAACAAAUCGUGAUCGGACAAGGGAUUGAAACUCCUGAGUUGGAACUGCACAUCGCACAGAGCUUGAAAACUGACAAAAACUCGAACCUAGAUCCGUCCCAAACCACUUUCGAAUCUCUUUCAAUCUUAUGUGCAUUGCCAGGAGCGGGAAAAAGCACUUUGCUAAAGCAGAUGGCCGUCAAUUUCAGCGAAAAACAUGAUGAUCACAUCAUGCUGUUGGCGGAUUUUAAACAAAUCCUAGGUUGGUUCAAUUAUACAAACGAUUUAGCAGCAUUUAUCCUUAAAUUGUUGAACAUCAAUUCAGACGGCGGCAUCAACCAAUUUAUAGUACACAAAAUGCUAGAAGAUCGACGAAUAAUUUUGCUGCUGGACGGAUUCGAUGAAGUCAAUUCCACAAAGGAGGAAAUUGUAGUGUUCAUGUUGGAUUUGCUUAGACAAGCAAAUUUGCAUCUGAUAAUGAUUGCCACUCGACCUCACAGAUUGGAAGUUUUGCAGCAGCAUCUUGGUGAUUCAACAGUCUAUAACAUUCUACCUUUCACCGAGAAUGAGCAGCUGCAGUUUCUGCAGCAGCGCUUGAGCAGCGUAUCUUCAAACGAAUCAACGGUCGCUAAUCUUAUCAAAACCUUUAGGUGGCUGUUCGAUGAUGAACAUCUUUUGCACACUCCACUACAUAGUGAAAUCCUUGCUGCGAUCUACGAGGAAGACUGUACUGUACGAUCCAUCGAUCACUGGAAUGCAGCAGAGACGUUGCAGAGAUUUAUCGACAAAAAGUUCGAAGUGUUUGCUGACAAAUUCUUCGAUAGGUUUAACCGAGCUCAUGAGAGUGCUUUACAAAAGCUGAAGAAGACGUUUGAAGCAGAUUAUUCCGAAUUGGCGUUUCGUUUGCAAACACAUCAGACUAUCGAUCAAAAAACUUUCUCUCAACUAGAGCCAUAUGGAAUGCUUCAAAUCAAUAACAGUACAAUAUCAUUCAUCAACGCAGUUUUCGUGGAGUUCUUCGUGGCUCAAUUCAUUGUACGUCAUCAGGUCGAUCAACAACAGUUCAACCUCUACAUGUCCGAACACUUGAGUAAAUCGAAAUUCAGUGCCUUUUUGGAAUACCACAUCGGUAAAGCAGAUACUCAUCACCAAACGCUCCAAUCAACCCCUUCGUUACAGAACACGAAUCUCAAAGAAUUGCGAUGCUUACAACAGCACAAACUUCAUAUUGACAAGAUCAAACAAUGGCACUUGUUCUUCGUGGAAUGUUCUACUGUAGAACAGCAGCUUGAAUACCUCCGGAGAAGCAUUGCGAAAGCCGAGUUUAACACAUUUCAAGUCAUCUACGAAAGCCUUCCUAAUAGUUUAGUAGACGAAUUAUGCUUCAAAUUUGCACCCAGCAUAGAUAACCCAUUCCGAGUGGAUUUGACGAAAAUGAGCGAAGAACAUUUGCUGCAACUUUUGAAGAUAUUACACCAGGAACAUCCCCAAGACGUCGCAAGGAAGCAUAUUUCCAGCUUCAACAAUAACGAAGAUGACUUCGUAACCAUGGCAAUCAAGCGCGAUCACCGAUCAGUAAUUGAGCAGCUGUUCCACAUGGAGCAAAAUUUAACCGACGAAGACGAGAGUGAUCUGCUCCUGGGCUACAUGAAAGAAAGAUGGCGCCACUAUUUACAACUCACGGCUCAGUACCGAAAAGGUGCUCUCCUGAAGCAAACGCUAGAGCUCAUAGCGAAACGUUUCCAUCAGAGAGUGAUCAAGUAUUUUCUGAUGAACUGUAAUAUUCAAUGCGUGCUGAUCGAGUCCUUCAAGGAGGAAAAUGUCGAUGCGGAAGUCUUCGAGGGAAUAUUGACAUUCAUUGAGCAACAUUUGAGCGGUUACGAUUUGCAGAUUCUACUGAACCGUAAUGUUGAUGGAUGGUUGUUUGUCGAAAAGCUAGAAGAUUUGCAGAAUUCGAGAGUGCGUGAAUUGUGUGAGUCAUUGUGGAAUAGCUACCAAGUCUGAUCCUUUGAAAAAAUAUAGUGAACAGUAUUUAUUAAAGAGAAUAUUUAUUUAUAAAAUUAAGAGUUGCUAACAUUGAAAUACAUUAUUCUACUGAUAGAUAGAUGCAAACAAAGCGAA